CGAGGCGCACCUAGUAAAAAGUCAAUUGGGCCUUUGGAUGUUGAUGAUGAUGAUGACGAUGAUGAUGAUGAUGAUGAUGAUGAUGAUGAUGAUGAUAAUGACGAGGAUGAUGAUAAUGAUGAUGUUACCCCUGCGAUGACACUGAGAGGAAGCCAAGAUGAAUUACUAGGGCUUAUGGAGGCCCUGCAAAUGGAGAAACAGCAGCAGGAACAACAAGAAGAGCGAGAGCGUUCAGGGUCAGUGUCAUCACAACCCUCGACUCCGGGCUCGCCAGUAUGGCAUUACUAUCCUUUUCAUGCGAUUAUACAAAACCAUUGCCAUGGUGGUGCAAAUAUUGCCUAUAAGCCUUUUAUUCUCUUUUAUCGGUCGCAAAUGAUUGCACAGCAACUCUGUCUAAUUGAACAGCACUUCUUGAAGCAAGUGCAAUGGAAUGAGCUCCUGGAGCUUAAACUGGCAAAGGCAGGUCAAAAGAGCCGGAGCCGAACACAUUCCACAGUAAGCGAUUCUCCGUUCAAAACUGAUGACGAGCAGAGCGGUAUCGAGGCAAGCACCGAGCGAAGCAAUAUGUUAUGUAUGUGGGUUGUUUCUGAAGUUGUCAGCACUAAUCCGAUUGAAGGCCGUGUACGCGUCAUCGAAAAGUUCAUUAGGAUCGCUCAGAAAUGCUAUCAAUAUAGAAACUACAAUACUCUUAUCCAAUUGGUGAUGGGCUUAGGUUCUUGGCAGUUGUGUGGCCUGAGGCGAACAUGGUCCAGAGUCCGCAGCUAUGAGAUGCGUGUAUUGCAGGAGCUCCAGGACUUCAUCUCUCCAUGCCGCAAUUGGAAUGUGAUCCGGAGAGCCAUGAAUCAGGUUGGAUGUCAAGAAACAACUGCUACGCCUACAAGCGAUGUCACUGUGCGGAGGCCCAGUAUAUACGGAGUGAGUAUGGUGCGGGGAUUCAGUAAUAGGUCUGAGGUCAACAUACCUAGUACCCAUCAGUCAACUGAGUCUGUUAAUGGCUAUAAUGGUUCUGGCAGCACCAGCAGUCCCAGCAUCAGCAACAGCAGCAACAAUGGUGGACACAGUAGCAAAUAUCUCCAGUAUACAGUGCCUUUGGAAAAGCAAGGGUGUAUCCCAUUUCUCGGUCUGUUUAUGUAUGACCUCACACAUACCACAGUAUUACCGCCAUGGUACCUUCCUCCAUUACUACUCAGUGACCAAAAAGAAGGGAAGGAAGAAGAGUGCGUUACCCCUCUAGACAAGAUGGAACAUAAUUCAACAGAUGGUAGUAUCAUUGGAGCCCAACAUUCAAAAGAAUCAACCUCGCCAAUGUCAAUAAGUGAUCAGCUACGGGCCCCCAGUAGUGCAGAACUACAAGAACUGCUUCCAACAGGAAAAUUGCUUGUGAAUUUCUAUCGGCUCCAGCUGAUCGCCAAGACGAUCAAGUGGUUUUUGGCUUUCCAGAAGCGCCCCCAAAAGUACACGUUCUCCUUGGACAGUACGCUUUAUUCGAAAUGCCUCUUGCUCCGGGUCCUUAACGAAGAUCGAUUACGAGAGCUUGCAGACAGUUGCGAAGGCGAAUACAAAAUGAAUAACUCACCAGAAUAAUAAAAAGGAACAAGGAAGUGGGUUAAGAUGUAUGUAG